AAUUGGUUUUUUGUGCCAUUUUAUGAUAACUGCCAAACUUUUGAUGAGAGAAGUCUGGAGACAUAGAGUACUUUGGGACGAGAUGUUGCCCGUGUCAUUACAAGCGAUGUGGAAUAAUUGGCGCCAAGAGCAAUGUUGUCCAUGUAAAGGUUCCACGAUGGUAUUUUGGAAAUGGUUUGCCCUUGAAGUUAGAGCUGCAUGUUUUUGUUGAUGCCAGUGAAGAUGCCUUCGGUGCAGUGGCCUAUUGGAGAUAUACAACAUCUGAUGGACAAAUAGGAGUGUCGUUUAUAUCUGCCAAGUCGAAAUGUGCCCCAUUGAAAUGUAUGACCAUUCCCAGAUUAGAACUACAAGCCGCCGUUUUGGGGACCCGAUUGAUGGACACUAUAAUGAAGGAACACGAUCUCAAUGUUUCUCGUCGAAUCUGUUGGAGUGACUCUACAACUGUCAUUAGCUGGAUUGGUUCUGAAAGUAGGAGAUAUAAACCAUUUGUUGCCCAUCGAAUUGCCGAAAUACUUGAUUCGACACGCCCAACUGAUUGGAGAUGGUUGCCUACGGAUCUAAAUGUUGCCGAUGACAUUACAAGAGCUAAAAAUGAAGUUGAUUUUGCCAUUGAAACACGUUGGUUCCAAGGGCCACAAUUUUUGUAUGAAAACGAAGCUGAUUGGCCGAAUAAGAAUUCUGAGAAAUCUGAUGAUUUGUGUGAAGAAGAACUACGCCCCAAAUUUGUCAUGCUGGUUAGUACAAAUUUAGUUAUUGAUUUUAAUCGUUUUUCUUCAUUUCUCAGGCUUAAACGUACAAUGGCUUGGGUUCUGAGAUUUAUUAAUCGUUGCCGAAAAGAUGAUAAAUAUAAUGGUUCGAGAUGCCUAUCUGCUGAAGAGUUAAGGGUUGCUGAAACUAGUCUGUGUCAUCUGUCCCAAGAAGAGUGUUUCGCCCUUGAAAUAAACAUUUUAAAAUCUGGUGGUUCUUUAAAAAAGGAAACCGAGUUAUUUUCGCUUUCGCCUUAUUUUGAUGAAAAUAAUUUACUUCGAGUGAGCGGACGUAUUGAUGCUGCGAGUUGGUUGCCUUUAGAUGCUAGGCACCCCAUUAUUUUGUCGCCCUGUCACCGCUUUGCACAACUAUUUGUUGCCCAUGUGCAUAAUAACAUGAGACAUCAAAAUCUUGAGGCUACCAUAGGCGAAAUAAGGAAAAGGUUCUGGAUUCCACGACUACGAAAGCUGUUGAGUAAGACCACAUCAAAUUGCAACAUUUGUAAGAUUCGACGUGCCGUUCCAGUGGCUCCUUUUAUGGGAUCAUUGCCAAGUGAUAGACUAACUCCAUACGUCCGUCCAUUUACUUAUACUGGUGUGGACUAUUUUGGCCCAAUAAACGUGACUGUUGGUAGACGUCAUGAAAAACGUUGGGUUGCCCUGUUUACGUGUCUCACAAUCAGAGCAGUACAUUUAGAAGUGGCUUAUGAUCUUUCGACUGAUGCGUGUAUUUUGUGUAUACGGAAUUUCAUAAAUCGUCGUGGCACCCCGUUGAAGAUUCGUAGCGACAACGGAAAGAAUUUUGUUGGAGUUAACCAAGAAGCCCAGCGAUUUGAUGAAGUUUUUGAUCUUGUUAAAAUUGAAGAUGAGUUGUCCACAAAGGGCAUUGAAUGGCAGUUUAAUUGUCCACAUAAUCCUGCAGAAGGUGGUGUAUGGGAGCGAAUGGUUCAAUGUGUUAAAAAGGUUUUAAGAGUAACUCUUAAAGAAGUCGCCCCAAAAGAGCACACAUUGCAAAGUUUUUUAAUUGAAGCCGAAAACAUCGUAAACUCUCGCCCAUUGACUCACUUGCCUGUCAGCCCUGUCAUAAAUGUGUUCCCUGGCAGUGAUGGUGUAAUACGGAGAGCUGAUGUCCAAACAAGUAGUGGAAUACUUAAACGCCCGGUUUCCAAACUAGCAGUCCUUGAUUUGGAUGGUGAAUCGUUGCCGAUCCACGGUGGUGGGAAUGUCGCCUGAUGGCUCAUCAAUUUAUUAUUUUUAUUUUCAUUUAAUUUAAAAUAUUUUUGUUAAUUUAAAUAUUUUUUUGUGGGCUAUCCUAAUGUUGUUUAAUUUUGUCUUAUUUACCAAAUUGUUAGUGAUACUUAUUGUAAGAUCAUUGUUGUUGUUUAGUUCAUUUGUCCGUUAGGAUUUUUUUUAUAUUGUUUUGCAUUCCUUUUUGUUCUCAUUUGUUUACGAACUAAACGCAUUCUUUGUCCCUAUAUUCUACUGCAGUAGUUUCGUUCAGUUUAUUUAUUUGGAAAUAAACUGUUGUAAAAAUACAUAGACAAAAGAAUUUGUAGGCUCAGUAUUAACUGACAUUAAUAUUAAAGUUUAGUUUGUUGGGGAUAAAGACUGCGAAAUAAACGGUUGCUCAAAUAUAUGCAUCAUUAAUUUCACAUUUGUGGUUCAUUUAUUUGGGACUUGUUAAAUUCGCUGUCCUCAACAUAAAGGCUCAGGUCGCAG